AUGAAUUUAACAAAUUUAAAUGGCGAUGAUACUGAUGACGUGAUAGCACGUCUUAUUGACAAAGCUGUACUAGCAUAUCCUGAGCUGUUUGUGUUUAUCCUGCCAGAAUUGUUGCAGCUAAACGUUAUUUACUUUCGAGACAUCAUCCAUUACUGUUAUCUUCUGUUACUGGAAACAAAAUUAGUAGUGGAAGAUGGAGCUGACGAGUCUGAUAUUGUGAUCAGUCGUGAUGCCGCAUUGCAACAAGACUGGACACGUAUUUGUAAGGAAGUUUCUACUCUAAAAUGCGUUUGUGGUUCAAAAUGCAUGAAAACGAUUCUAGCAAUUGGUGAAUUACGAAAUGAGCUGAACAUUUAUCGUGCUAGUUGGGCUGUAAUGCUUGCAGGUAGUGACUUUAUUAAAACAUCAACAGGAAACGAAACAGUUAAUGCUACGGUGCAAGCUGUUUAUAUCAUCUGUCAUGCUAUUAAACAGUUUUAUUGUAGAACAGGAAAAAUGGUCGGUUUUAAGGCAUCAGGUGGUAUUAGAACAACACAUGAAGCUGUGAAAUAUCUAUCAAUAGUUGAAGAAAUCCUUGGCACAAACUGGCUCAAACCAAGCUUAUUCCGCAUUGGUGCUAGUACUUUAUUAGAUAAUGUCGUAAGAACACUCAACUGUAGUUAUUGA